UUGCAAAGCAGGUGAUAAUAACCCUAACUCAACUUUGUGAGUUCUCCCAUGGUGAUCCAUGAUAUGAUCAUUACUCCAAAAAACAAAAAACAGAGAAAUUUCUUUAACCCAACAAAAACCCUUCCAAAAAGGGGGAAAAAAAAUUAAACCCAACAAAAAAAAAAUACAAAAUUGAUGAGAGAGAAAGUAGGGAAUAAUCACUGUACUAGGGGGAGAGGAGGUGAGUGUAGGUAGGUAGGAGAGAGAAAGUUUGAGUCUUUAAGAGAGAGAAAUGAAAAGGGUAAGAGGAGGUGGAGGAGGAAGUGGGGAAGGGGUAGCAGAAAAGGAGGAAAAUUUGGGAGAAAAGUUAAGGAAAGAAGUUAUUUUGGUAGGGAAAAGAGAGGGUCCCUGUAUUACUACUCCAGUAGUGUCCUCAUGGAGACUUUUUUCACUUUCUGGCCACCAAACCAUCAUUAAAGACUCUUCUUUUAUUACUUCUCAACCUCCAAUUUCUACUACUUUUGCUUCUUCUGUCUCUGUUAGAAAGCUUGGAGCUGCUCUUUGGGAGCUUCACCAUUACUUGCCUCUUGCUAAAAUGAACCGGGGUGUGCACAGUAAUGGUGGUGGUGGUGGUGGUCCUCCUAGGCUGAGGCACAACCUACACCCUCAUCAUCACCUUCAUAGAGGUGAAAAGGCUGCUCUUGACAUUUCUAAUUUUCUGGGUGAUAAUUCUCCAAGCUCUCCUGAACAGCCAGCUAGUGCAAGCAGUUUGAGGAGGCAUGUCGCGGCAUCAUUGAUGCAACAUCAUCGAACAAUCGAAAGGAACAAUCAUCACGCCUUGCAACCUGUAUCUCCAGCAAGUUAUGGUAGUUCUUUGGAGGUAGCACCUUAUAAUCCUGCAAUUACUCCUACAAGUUCUUUCGAUUUCAAGGGAAGAAUUGGUGAAUCACAUUAUAAUCUUAAAACAUCGACCGAACUGUUAAAAGUAUUGAAUAGGAUAUGGAGUUUGGAAGAACAGCAUGCCUCGAAUAUGUCAUUAAUAAAGGCAUUGAAAACAGAGCUGGAUCAUGCCCGUUUGAAGAUAAAAGAGCUGCUUAGGGAACGACAAGCAGAUCGACAUGAAGUAGAUGAUUUGGUGAAGCAAAUCACCGAAGAUAAACUUGUAAGGAAAAGUAAAGAACAGGAUCGUAUUCAUGCUGCAAUUCAGUCUGUGAGAGAUGAGUUAGAAGACGAGAGGAAGCUAAGAAAGCGAUCUGAGAGUCUACACAGAAAGUUAGCUAGGGAGCUUUCUGAGGUAAAAUCUACACUCUCUGGUGCUCUGAAAGAGCGGGAAAGAGAGAAAAAGUCGAGGAAAAUGUUGGAAGAUUUGUGUGAUGAGUUUGCUAAGGGCAUAACAGAAUACGAACAAGAAGUACGAGGUUUGAAACAAAAAGCUGAUGGUGAUUGGAAUGGAAGGACCGAUCAUGAUCGAUUGAUUCUUCAUGUAUCUGAAUCAUGGCUUGAUGAACGGAUGCAGAUGCAGGUAGAAGAAUCUCGGUGUGGUGUUUCUGACAAGAGUUCAAUAGUGGACAAAUUAAGGUUUGAGAUAGAAACCUUUCUUCAAGCUAAACAUAUGCAAACUACGAAAGCUGAAAAAUUGUUGUCUAGAGAGCGUAGGAAUUCACUCGAGUCUGUUCAUUUGAAUGAAGCUGUGAGUGCACCUCAAGAUGUGGAUGAUGACGACGAUGAUGAUGAUUCGUUAGGCAGUGGUUCUCAAUGUUUUGAGCUUCAAAAACCGAGCAACACAGCUUUCAAAUCGAAUGGGAAUGAAGCUGAAAACAUGAAGAAAAAAAUCGAGUCCAGUGAAAGGAUUAAGGGACGUACUCCAUCGAGCUUGCAAGUUAAGUUCGAAGAAAAAAUGGCGAAGGCUGUGUCGUGUGAUGGAAACAAGAUAUCCCAUUUAGUAAAUGAAGAAGAGAAACCGAAUGAAAUCAGUAUAUCCCAAAUGCCUGAACAUCACGAACUGACUGAAGAGGCAAGCAACGAGAAAACAAAGAAACACGACGAAAUACAGCUGCUUAAUUCGAACCAAACUGUCGAUAAUCUUAUAAGAAAUCAAUAUUUGAUGUCAGAUGGAGGAAAUCUACAUCUCGAGAAUAAUAACAACAACAACAACAACGGCGAGGCUUCUUGCAGUAACUUAGGAUGGAGGAAUCAAGCUAGUCCAGUACGACAAUGGAUGUCAAAACUCACAUCCCCUGAGCUUGACAUCCCAGAAUCUUCCUCGAAAAUGCCUGUGGGAUUAAAGGACAACACUUUAAAGGCAAAACUUCUUGAAGCAAGGUCAAAAGGUCGACGAUUGCGUCCAAAAGCUUCAAAAUUUUCCUUUUAAAGAUCCUGUUUUUUUAAGUUUUUGUUGAAAGUUGUUUAUUCAGGGCCUAUUAGGUGUUGGUUGGUUGGUUGGUUGGUUGGUUGGUUGGUUGGUUUUGCAUUAUUUCUCAAGUAUGGGAAGUUUUGUUAUGUGAAUAUAGAGGCCAUAGAACUCACCUAUUCGGGUUCUGAAUAUCUUUGUGUUGUUACUACCAUAACUAUAUAUGUAUACAGUUCCAUCUUCAUCUUCCUGUAAUUUUGGAAAUUCAAGCUUGUAUAUUAGUGUAAUGGUGUUCCAAGAUAUAGAGACCAAUAAUAGUGACUGAAGAUCAACUACAAUUUUGGAUA